AUGUAUUUUUAUAAAAAAACAAAAUGUUGUAUUUGUUCAAAGGAUUUAAAGGCUCUGUAAAUAUUAAAAAUAUUAUUUUUAGAAAAUUAAGAAAAAGUUACAGAUGCAAAAUGUGUCAUUAAGAUGUUUGUAAAAAUUGUAGUGAAAAUAGAGUUAAAGUAUCCAAAAUUUUUAUUUAGUUAUUUGCUAAACCAAAUGAUUUCGUAAAAGAUUUUAAUUAACCACAACGUGUGUGUGAUAAUUGUUUUUAAGAUUAUUCAUAUUAUUAAACAAUGAUAUGUGAAAAUGGGAUCAGAUGGAAUUCUAGAUCUAAAAUGCAAUAAAAAUGGAUUGGAGAGUAAGAAAGAAAAAUAAAAAUGUAAAGAACUAUAUCUGAAAGAGAUAAAGAAAUUAUAGAUAAGGCUGUAAUGACAGGAAGAUCUGAUGAACUUUAAUUUAAUUAUAGUUUAAGAGAGUUCAUUAGUUAAUGUUAAGAAGGCUAUGAUUAAUCAUAUAUUAGAGAAUCAAUAAUAAAAGUCUUAUAGCUAUUUGUUUCUCAUUAUCCAAUAAUUGGAUAUUGUUAAGGAAUUAAUUAAAUAGCAAUAAUUCUAUUAUGUGUAUCAGAUGAAGAAGGAGCAUUUCAUAUUAUGAAUCAUAUAUUUAAAUCUAUUAUUCCACCAAGAUUUUACUCUAAUUCAUCUGGAGCAAUUUGGAUUGGUAAUUAAGCUGAACUUUACUUUUUGAAAUCUCUUUUAAAAAGUAUGAAUUUAAUAAAUUAUGAUCAAAUGAUAAAUUUUCUUGAUAUUUCAGGACCUUAAAUGUUAUUGACUCUAAUGUUAUAAGUCUUAAAUACAAGUUCUUUAUUUGUUACAUGGGAAGAAAUGUUUAAAAAGAACUCCUAUAUUCCUAUAGAUUAGGCAAUAAUUCUAUCUUUAGUUAAGACUACUGCUAACAAUCUCGAUUUCACAAAAUAAGGACUUAUUGAUGAAAUAGGAAAGAGUAAAUAUUGUUAUAUAUACCAUCUAUAGUCAUUAAAUAUAGUGAUUUAUUAUAAUUAUUCAGUAAAGAGAGUACUUAUUUUAAAUCAUUUGAAAGAUAAGAAGAGAUUGAAUAAUAUUAUUCAUAAAUAAGCAGAUCUUGGAUUAAUGAUGAUAAAUAAAUAAUCUUUAGAUUAAAGAAAAUAACUAAUUUUGAUACUGAAGAAAUAUUAUUAAUAUAAAAUGAAUUUAAAAAGUAUUGCAUAGAAAAUAGAAAUGUAUCCAUUAAUCUAUAAGAAAGACAAAGUUAUAAUUCAUUCUAUGCUCUUUCAGAUAAUGAUCAUUGUAUAUAUUAAUCAAAUUUACAUGUAUAACAAAGUAAAUUAUAAAAAUAUGGUAUUAAUAAAGAAGCAUUUCUUAAACUCAUGGUAUGAUUAUCUAAUUAUAUAGAUUAAAUUAGGAAUCAUUUCAUCAGAAUUACACAAAAUAUAAAUUAUUAGAUAAAUAUAAAUAUGAAUUAGUUUUUUAAUUAUUUGAUGAAAAUAAAUCAGAAUUAUUGGAUUUUAGAGAAUUCUUGACUUGUUUAAGUGUAUUAUUGAGAGGAUCAUUUGAACAAAAAUUAAAGAUGUUUUUCACAGCACAUACUGAAUCAUGUUUGAAAGAUGAAGAAUUUAAGACUUUAUUAUCCAUAAUUAUUCCUUUAGAUUUAUAAUAAUAAGAAGAAUACUAAUAAUUUUUGAAUAGAAUACAUAUGUCUUAAUAUAGCUAUUAUGAUAUGUUAAAGGUAUUAUAAGAUGAAUUUGUUUUGAAUAAUGAAUAUAAAAGAGAGAGAAGUUAAACUUCAAUAAUUAUUGUUUAAUGUUUUUCUUAGAUAAAAAAUAAUUGA